GAAAUACAAAGCCUGACCUCUGGCUUCCCUCAUGUUUAUUUUACCAGAGUCAGUGGUUGGAUCACGGCAUUUGUGACUUUGGAGAGAUGCCUCAGCGUUGCUACGCCCCUGAAAGUUAAGACUCUAGUCACCAGAAAUCUAGUGAUAGCGUGUAACGUUAGCGCUUAUCUCACGAUGACGCUCUGUUUACUCCCUGUGUACUACACCUCCUUUUACGCCUGGAAGUUUGAUUCAAAGUUUAACAAAACCUUAAUUGGCAUUGUGUACACAUCAAACAGACAGAAUGUUCUCAGCGUGUCUCUACUGAUCACAGAAUUAGCUUUGCCAUUGGUCUCUUUCGGUUGCGUCAUUGCAUGUUCCUCCGUUUUGUGUGUACAUUUAAACAAUAAAAUGACCUGGAGGCAGUCAGUGACGACUCUUUCAAUAAAGCGAAAAAAACAAGCAAGUCCUAAUAAAGAAAGGAAGAUAGUUGCCAUGGUAACGAUUGUAGCGGUCAUUUUCAUAGUUUGUUUUACACCGGUCAGUGUCUUGUUGGCAGCCAGGGCCAUUGUCCCAGAGUUAGACAUCAGGGGCCGCUACUCCAACAUGAACGCCCUGUGUGCCUACCUUUCUUUCCUGUUAAGAACAACCAACAGCAGCUGUAACAUUUUUGUCUACUACAAAAUGAGCUCAAGAUAUCGA